AUGUGGACAUGGCAGAGGACAAACUCGUCCUCCUAUCUGUCCUCGUCCUCUCUCCGCAUCUCUUUCUCACAGCCUGGCUGCCUGGCAUGCGUGCAGCUGAUGCCCGUCUGGCGUUUGCUGUGUCAACAGAGCAUGGGAAAAGUUAAUCAGCAGCUUGGCACUCCCACCUCCACCCGCCUCCUCUCAGCUUCUCCUUCACCCUCAGCCCUCCCGUUCUUUCAAACGAGUCGGGCUUGCCAUGGAUGUGGAGGGUCCAAAUGUGACUGCAGUGGCGUAAAAGGAGCGAAGGGUGAGAGAGGAUUACCAGGUCUCACCGGACAGCCGGGCGUCCCAGGGUUCCCUGGACCUGAAGGACCCAUCGGACCCAGAGGAGAGAAGGGAAGUGAUGGACUUCAAGGAUUAAUUGGUUCAAAGGGAAUAAGAGGUCCUCCUGGAUUACCAGGAUUUCCUGGGAUGCCAGGACAACCUGGUCUACCAGGACAGGACGGCCCUCCAGGCCCGAGGGGAGUGCCGGGUUGCAACGGGACCAAGGGUGAACUGGGUUUUCCAGGAGUUUCAGGAAUCCCUGGACAGCAAGGUCUACCGGGUCCACCUGGUCUUCCAGGAGAAAAGGGCGACCCAGGUGAUGUGAUUUCCUCCAUUCGUUUCGGAACUAAAGGAGCCGUGGGACUGCCUGGAUUACCGGGAGCCCCUGGUCCUUCUGGGCCCCCCGGUUUACAAGGUCCACUCGGCCCUCCAGGACCCAGAGGAUAUGAGGGUCGUCCAGGUCCUCCUGGUCUGCCUGGACCUAAGGGAAACAUGGGUUUGAACUUUGAAGGACAAAAAGGAGAAAAAGGUGAUCCAGGCUUGCCGGGACCUCCUGGGCCUCCAGGACAAGUAGGACGAGGAGAACAGAUCAGACCACCUGUGUCAGAGAUUCAACGAGGGGAAAAGGGUGACCAAGGACCUUCUGGCCCUCCAGGUGAUCCUGGCUUUCCAGGCCCACCUGGUUCUUCUGGUGGACAGAAAGGGGAGAAGGGAGAGCCAGGAGAUAUUGGCAAACGAGGAAAAUCAGGUAAAGAUGGAGAUCCGGGUCUGCCUGGAAACGAUGGCCUUAAAGGAGAGCCAGGCCUGCCAGGCCCUCCAGGCAGGGAUGGAGAAAGAGGACUAAAAGGAGACCGAGGGUACCCUGGCCCUCCAGGAGUGGUAAUCGGUUCCCAAACAGGAGGUGGUGUCGGCCCUAAAGGUGAGCCCGGUUUAGCUGGAUCUCCCGGACUCAAAGGAGAACGAGGACCACCAGGUUUUACUGGACCUCCAGGAGAACCAGGACUUCCAGGCAUAGGUGGGAGUGGUCCUCCUGGACCUCCGGGUUUCCCAGGAGAUAAGGGUCCAAAGGGAGACCCUGGAGCUCCUUCCAUUUCUUUGCCAGGUACUCCUGGAAGGCCAGGGACUCCUGGGGCUGCUGGUCCACCAGGGCCCCCUGGACCUCCGGGUUUCUCCACCACAGGCCAAUCCUGCAUCCCUGGGGUCCCAGGAUCUCCUGGGAUCCAGGGAGAAAGAGGUUAUCAAGGAGAGCAGGGGCACAAAGGGCAGAAGGGCGAGACAUGUGUGAACUGCUUCGGAGGAACCAAUCCCGUUCCCGGACCACAAGGACCUCCAGGACAACCUGGAUAUCCUGGAACUCCUGGCCAACAAGGUAUCAAGGGAGAAAAAGGAUUCCCCGGAACUCCCGGUCUUGGCGGCCCUCCUGGCCAGCCUGGUCCUUUAGGUGCUCCAGGCCUCCCUGGAGAGAAGGGAGACCCAGGUGAAGCCCUCACAGUCUCCGGUCUUAAAGGAGUUAAGGGAGACACGGGUUUCCCUGGACCGUCUGGUCUGCCUGGUCUGGAUGGUCAACCUGGACGUGAUGGACAACCUGGACUUCCUGGUCCCAAGGGAGUGCCUGGCUCUUUGUUGCUGAAAGGAGAAAGGGGGCUUACUGGUGAGCCAGGUUUUCCUGGCAUUCCUGGAGACAGAGGUCCCCCAGGUCCCCCUGGCUUUGGACUUCCAGGACCAUCAGGAGAUAAAGGUGUUCAAGGCAUCUCAGGGAGACCUGGCACUCAAGGUGUACCAGGUUCUAAAGGUGAACCCGGACUGACGAUAGCAGAUAAAGGUCAACCAGGACCCCGUGGGCAGGAUGGUCAGCCUGGGCUGACUGGUGCACCAGGUUCCCCAGGUCAGCCUGGUCAACCUGGUUUUCCAGGUUUACCAGGACCAAAGGGUGAUCCAGGAACAUCAGGAAUUGGGCUCCCAGGUCCUCCAGGAGCUAAAGGAUUCCCAGGUAUUGCUGGCCAGCCAGGAGCUCCUGGAAAACUAGGAAGACCAGGUAUAGAUGGAUUCCCCGGCCAGCCCGGUUUUUCUGGUCCCAAAGGUGAACCCGGAUUUGGGCUUCCUGGUCCACCAGGUUUACCGGGACAACCUGGACCUAAGGGUUUCACAGGACCAAAGGGAGACUCUGGUUUCCCUGGAAAUCCUGGUGCACCUGGACGGCCUGGUUUUGACGGAACUAUAGGAUCAAAAGGUGAGCCUGGUACACCUGGUAUACCUGGCACUCGUGGGCAACCCGGAUUACCUGGUAUUGGUUUACCAGGACCUACAGGUCCUCCAGGACCUCAAGGCCCUAUAGGACAACCAGGAUACCCUGGAGCAAAUGGACAAAAAGGAGAUCCCGGUCCUCCAGGUCUAGACAUACCAGGUCUACCAGGAGACAGAGGAGAUCCUGGUUUCCCAGGUCUUCCUGGAUCAAUAGGACCACCCGGAGGACCUGGAGGACCUGGACGGGAUGGAAUACCUGGAACGUCAGGUCAGAAAGGUGACAUAGGUCCCAUGGGGCCUCCAGGACCUCCUGGUGGACCUGGCACACCAGGAGGGUCUGGUCUUCCUGGACAUAAAGGUGAACCAGGAUUUCCUGGGAUAGAUGGUGAACCAGGUGCCUCCGGGCUUAAAGGUGAGAAGGGGGAUGUUGGCCCCCCGGGACCCCAAGGAAACCCUUUGCCAGUAACGUCUUCAAAGGGAGAAAAAGGAGAUCAUGGACUCCCAGGUCUGCCAGGACAGCCAGGACCGAAAGGUAUCUCUGGUCUCCCUGGUGACCCUGGACUAGCAGGAGUAGAUGGGCGCCCUGGAAUUCCUGGACCAUCAGGUCAUAAGGGAGAGCCUGGCAUCCCAGGUGUUCCAGGUUCUCCUGGACUGCCAGGACCAAAAGGCAUCAUGGGAGAAAUGGGAAUUCCAGGACCUCCAGGCCAUAAGGGUGGAAUUGGUUUCCCAGGUAGGCCAGGACCCUCAGGUCAGGCAGGAAUUCCUGGCGCCCCAGGACCUAAAGGUGAUCCUGGUUCUGCUGGUGUUGGACCACCGGGUCUUCAAGGACUGAAGGGUGAGCCAGGUCAGCCAGGAUACCCUGGAGGUCCUGGUCUGAAAGGAACACCAGGACAACCUGGUCUCCCAGGUUUGCCAGGCAUAUCUGGUGAGAAAGGUGACCCAGGCCUCCCAGGAUUCCAAGGCCCCACUGGUGUCCCCGGUCUCAAGGGUCUUGAUGGUGUGCCGGGCGUCCCAGGUCUCCAAGGAAACCCAGGUAGACAAGGAGAAUCUGGUCGAUCAGGACAACCUGGACUACCUGGAGAGAAGGGUCAGCCAGGUCGAGAUGGGAUCCCAGGACCAGCUGGAGUCAAAGGAGAGCCAGGUAUUCCUGGUUUUGGUGGUCCAGGCCCUUCAGGGCUUCCAGGUCCACCAGGCAUUAAAGGAGACCCUGGUCUCCCUGGUCAGCCUGGCGCUCUAGGUUUUCCUGGUUCCAAAGGAGAUCCUGGCGUGCCUGGUGCCUCAGGUCCUCCAGGUAUUAGUGGCCCUCCAGGACCUCCAGGGCUUCCUUUGCAAGGCCCUAAAGGUGUUCACGGACCCCCUGGCCCACCCGGAAGAGGAGGUCCGCCCGGCCCAGAAGGUCCCCGUGGACUCCCAGGAAGUGGCGGUGUUAAGGGAGAGAAGGGUAAUCCUGGCACUCCCGGACAGCCUGGUUUUCCUGGACAGAAAGGAGAUACUGGGUUUUCAGGAGUUCCGGGCCUUCCUGGUAUUCCUGGUGCCCCUGGUGUGAAAGGAGACAUUGGGACGCCUGGUGUUCCUGGAUUUCCUGGAAUAAAGGGGGAUCCUGGAAACCCCGGCUUAAGUGGUCUUCCUGGAGAUCCUGGGAAUCCUGGAAAUCCUGGUCCUCCUGGUGACCCCGCUAUACCACCACCUACGCCAAUUGUGAAAGGAGAUCGAGGACCCCCUGGUCUGCGGGGCUUCCCUGGGCCCCAAGGCCCACCUGGCUCUCCUGGAUCUGAAGGAUCUAUAGGCCCACGUGGUGAACAAGGAGUACCUGGUAAUCCUGGUCCCACUGGAUUCAAUGGCCCACCUGGGAAGAAGGGAGACUCUGGACCUGCUGGUCAGCCUGGUCUGCCUGGCAACACCGGCCCCCCUGGACCAGAUGGUGUACCGGGUCCCCCUGGUUUUCCUGGCUCAUUCUCAGCAGCCCAUGGUUUCCUCAUUACCAGACACAGCCAGACUGAUGAAGUGCCCUCGUGUCCUUCUGGAACUCAGCUGGUCUACAAGGGGUACUCCUUGUUGUACGUGCAGGGCAAUGAGAGGGCACACGGACAGGACCUCGGCACAGCCGGCAGCUGUUUGAGCAGGUUCAGCCCCAUGCCCUUCAUGUUCUGCAACAUCAACAACGUCUGCAGCUUUGCGUCACGUAACGACUACUCCUACUGGCUGUCCACGCCGGAACCCAUGCCCAUGUCCAUGGAAGCUGUCACCGGGGCCAACAUCGAGCCGUACAUCAGCAGGUGUAGUGUGUGUGAAGCUCCAGCCAUGGUGAUCGCAGUCCACAGCCAGACCAUCCAGAUCCCCACUUGUCCUUCAGACUGGGAACCUCUGUGGAUCGGAUACUCCUUUAUGAUGCACACCAGUGCAGGUGCAGAGGGCUCUGGUCAGGCUCUGGCCUCCCCGGGUUCCUGUCUGGAGGAGUUCCGCAGCACUCCCUUCAUCGAGUGCCAUGGCCGAGGCUCGUGUAACUACUUCAGCAACUCCUACAGCUUCUGGCUGGCUACAGUGGAGCAAUCUGAGAUGUUCAGGAAACCGCAGUCGGAGACCUUAAAAGCGGGUAAUCUACGAUCACGCAUCAGCCGCUGUGUGGUCUGCAUGAAGAGAACCCCUCACGACAGGACGUAAUGUCUCAGGGCAACAAGCAGACCCACCGUUGCCAGUUGACGACCCAAUCGGUAACAACAUAUUACCUUACGAGAUGACGGAGGACAAGUUGGAGAGGUCCAGUCGACUUCUGACUUGGAAACAAGGUGGACUUCCAAUGGUGCAUAGUCUUCUGGGGAAAAAAAUCUAGAAUUGAAACAAUGGUGCUACUGUGAUACACAGCUUGGAAAAUAUGCAAACUGACUUAAAUAAUCUUAUAUUUAGUCUUUGUUUUAAAGUACCUCAAAGUAAAAAAUAAUAAUUUUAAAUUCCGAUAAAUGGUGCCAUGAUGGAUGUAUGACAAGAAAAGUGCAUUUUUCUUUUUUCCCCCCACAAAUGGGCAACUUGUUUUUUUCUUUAAACACCUUUGACACGGCGAGGAAAAUAUGUGAUUUUGUCCCUUGGUUUGGUUCAGAUUCACGAGGAGGCGAUGGUUUUCACAGUUAACAAAUUGGCACUUUGACUUUGCAACAUCCAGGACGAGAGAUGCACUGAUAAGCUUUCCUUCAUGAGACUGACCGCCACCUUCUGGCGUAGCUCUUCAUUCUCACUCUUCCUCCUCUGCUCUCAUUUUCUGUCAUCUUACGUUACAUUUUGAGACGCUAACUCUGCUGUAGCCCACCUGCUAAUCACCUUCAGAUUUUUUUGUGUGUAAGUAAUGAAAUGUGUAUAUUGUGUAAAACUGCUUUUGUUUUUAGCGUAUUAGGGCUUCAGUCGUUGGCUGUUCAUUACGACAGUUUUCUGUUUUGUUUUCCAAAGCUUACACACUGCUAUCAUUUAUUUUAUUGCUCAUUUCUUUAUACAUCAACUCAGAUAUUGUACAAAGUAAGGCUUUUAUGAAUGGAACAGUAUUUUAUACAUAAUAAAUAUAUAUUUGAAAAAGAUAAAUACAACUACUGUAUUUGGCUGUGGGGAGAUUUAACUUAUAACCAUAU